AUGGACGAGCAAAACAGGCCCAUGGUGGAGUAUUUGAUCAAAUGGAAGGGUGACGAGGCAAAGCUCAAAAAGCUGCUGUCCACCAGCGGCCGUGUCCUGGCAAACAUAGUGGAUGAGAAUAGACGAAGUGGCUUGCACUUUGUGGCGGCUACUGGCAACGUACCCUGCACAAAGAUGUUCUGCCAAGCGGGUGCUGAUCUGAACCUCGGCGACAAAGAAGGCUACACACCGCUGCACAUGGCGGUGGGCUAUUCCCAUGUGGCGACGGUGGCCGCACUCUUAGAGGCAGGUGCCGAUCCCGAGAUGCAGGACAGGCAGAGCCGCGAUGUGAUCGCACUCGUGGAGUCAAUCCGCGACAAGAUGCCGGUCGCGCCAGAGUACAUGGGCCCCCGCAUGGCCCUCGAGCAAGUCACCGGCCUGCUUGCAGACAACUUGUUUGAAGAGGUGGAGCCGGUGGCAGUGCUGAAGGCCAGGAAGAACGAGAAUGGGACUCGGGACUUCCUGGUAAAGUGGAGCGAUGGCACAGAAGACUCGUGGGUGCCCCAAUGGAAUGUGGCGAAUGACGUGGUGGAGGAUUUUGAUGCUGGGCUGGAAUAUGGAGAAGCAGAGCGCAUACUCAAGUCUGUGCAGCGCGGCGACACGCGGGAAUAUCUAGUGCAGUGGAAGGAUGACUACCCAGACUCAUGGGCGGUGGAGGACCAUCUGCCGCAGCACUUGAUAGCAGACUGGGAAGAGAGGCAGCGGCAGCGCCUUCUCAGCAGCAUGCACACCGUGGCAGACUCGCAGAACGGCAGCCACAGCCGAGCGCCCCGGGACAAGCAGAGCGCCAAUCAGCGGCAGCCAGCAGCACAGCCGGCCUAG